AAUGAACCUCCGCUUGUUCCAUAUCGAAUCCCUAUAAUCGGCCAUGCUUUUUCUUUGCAAAAAGAUCCGAGAAACUUUCUUAAAAAAUCGCGUAAACAAUAUGGUCAUAUAUUCUCCAUCUAUUUAUUUGGUCGAGUUAUCACAAUAGUUGAUAGUGAGUUUGCGCAUGAAGUUUAUAAUUCGAACGAUUUGAGUUUCGAAGAAGCGUUGGAGGAUUGGAUUCCAUUCAAAACACAUUUUGGGGUCAAACAAGGUUUUGGUGGAGAAUUAGCGGAAUGCAUACGCAAAUAUUUGUAUUCGCCCAAAGAUCUAAACAUUUUCUCGGAAAUACUCAAACAGACGUUUACUACAAUAAUUGAACGUCAAAUCGGAGAUUGUAAAAAUCCGAAAACGAUCAAUUCUUCCUUGGACUUUAUAACGGAAGCCUUUGCUCGGUCACUUGCUCGUGUUUUGUUCGAAGAGGAGCUUUGUAAUGAUCGAGAUGUUUUAGACGCUUUUCUUUCUUAUGGAAGUCCGAAGGGUGAUAACUUUACAGCUCUCUCGUUAUUAAACUUUAUACAUCCGUGGUUUUAUCAUAUUGUAGUAAAAUUCAUCAAUAAUCCAGGAAAGAAAAACCGUGAUAUUUUAAUGCGAAAAAUCAAACCGUAUAUUGCGAAAAAAUUUGAAAAUAAAUUUAAUAAUGAAGAAAAAGAUCAGGUUGAUUUUCUUCAAAUAUGCAUGCCCAACUUCGACAAAAAUAAUGUUAAUGAAUCGGUCGGAAACAAACUUAUGCUUCUUGUGUUUGCUGCACUUUUUACGAAUUCAACCAUUUGCAACGCCGUACUUCGUGACUAUGCAACUCGACCUGAAUACUGGCAAGAACUUCAAGACGAGCAAUUAAGCAUUAUGCAAGAAUAUGGAAAUAGUCUUUCAUAUGAAAUUGGGGGUGAUCAUAAAGUAAUCGGAAAGAAGUUUACUUUUUCUAACGGCAUUGAAAUUCCAUAUGGACGUAGCGUUUCUUUGGAUUUCUCAAUGAUACACGGGGAAGAAAGUGGAUUUUGUCCUAACGCGGAUGCAUUCGAUGGGUUCCGUUACGUGGGAGAGAAUUCUCCUUUUACUCGUGUAAGUCGCGAAGUGCUCACCUUUGGAUUGGGACGUCACGCUUGUCCCGGAAGAAAUUUUGCUGCCCAUUCAAUUAAGAUUAUCCUCUCUCUUUUAAUUCGCAAGUAUACGAUUACCGUUACUACCAAAUCUGGACGAAAAUCCCCGGCUCAAAUUAUAAUGGGAUUUGCAUCACCUGUAGAAGAAACUUUGAUUUUUCAAAAUCUUUAA